UGAGGCGAAGCUUGUGAUUUUGAUUUGCCAAUCGGCGGCCCCAAAGUUUGAAACGGUCACAAUGGGCACCAAAAUCCUUCCAUUUUGCUCAUCUCUUCUGCUCAUCCUUUGCCUUGCCUCGCAUCCUUCAGCUCAGAGUUUCGCCCAAAACGAAGAACAAGAACAACAAGAAAUCAAAAGAUCAGAUUUUCCAGAGCAUUUCUUGUUCGGAACUGCCACUUCUUCGUACCAGAUCGAAGGGGCUUUUCUUGAAGAUGGAAGGGGAACGAGCAACUGGGAUGCGUUUUCCCACAUUCCAGGAAAAAUUAAGAACAACGAUACCGGAGAUGUCGCCGACGAUCACUACCACCGGUUUCUGGAAGAUAUUGAGCUGAUGCAUUCCAUGGGGAUGAAUGCUUAUCGGUUUUCCAUUUCCUGGACCCGAAUUUUGCCAAGAGGGCGAUUUGGUAAAAUCAACAGAAGAGGGAUCUCUUUCUACAAUAAAGUAAUUGAUCGUUUGUUGCUAAGAGGCAUAGAGCCUUUUGUGACCAUUCACCAUCAUGACCUCCCCGAUGAACUGGACAAAAGAUAUGGAAGUUGGAUGAGCUCUCAAAUGCAGGAAGAUUUUGUGUAUUUUGCACGAAUAUGUUUCGAAGAGUUCGGAGAUAGAGUGAAGCAUUGGAUAACCAUAAACGAGCCGAAUUUGGUGGUAUUAAUGGCUUAUAUAAAAGGAGUUUAUCCACCGGCUCACUGCUCACCACCUUUUGGAAAUUGCUCGGUUGGCAACUCGGAUAUCGAGCCUCUCAUCGUCAUGCACAACAUGUUGCUUGCCCAUGCCAAAGCCGUUCGACUUUAUCGCACCCAUUUUCAAGGCAAACAAGGCGGAUCCAUAGGAUUAGUGGCAUUUGGACACAUGUAUGAACCAUUCACCGACAAUGAAUUCGACAGACAAGCUGUGGACAGAGCCUUGAUUUUCAACUUUGCUUGGGUGUACGAUCCGAUCGUGUACGGAGAUUAUCCAAAGGAAAUGCAAGCAAUAUUAGGAAGCCAACUUCCACGCUUCUCAAAGGCAGAGAAAAAGAUUCUAAAGGGAAGUUUGGACUACAUUUAUGUCAACCAUUACACCACACUUUUCACAAAGGAUUGCCUUCAUUCUAUCUGCUCCGACGAUGCAAAUCGUCCAAUUAAAGGCUUCCUCGACACCACCGGCUACCGGGACGGUGUUUCCAUUGGUGACCCAACUGGAGUUGACAGAUUCUUUGUUGUUCCAAGAGGUUUGGAAAAAAUCAUUAAUUAUAUCAAAGAAAGGUAUCCCGACAAGCCCAUUUUUGUCACUGAAAAUGGAUAUUCUGCACCGUCUACUGAUAGUAACAACGUUGAAGACAUGGUAAAUGAUACGAAACGAGUCAAUUACCACAAGAAGUACCUUGCUUCCUUGGCAAAAGCAAUGAGGAAUGGUGCUGACGUGAGAGGGUAUUUUGCAUGGUCGUUAAUGGACAACUUCGAAUGGGCCGAUGGGUACGGUACGAGGUUUGGGCUUUUGUAUGUGGACCGACAGACACUUGAGCGUCGGCCCAAACUGUCGGCCCAGUGGUUUGCUUCUUUUCUGGGCGGCCAUCCACAAGUACUUACUAAGUCUUCAUCCAUAGUGAAUACAAAUGCGUUUGAUUCCCUCAUGGAUGGUUAAUGCAAAUAAUAUCAAUAUAAGUAAUAUUAAUGUAAU